UUCACGAUCAUAACCUCAAAUUUCGAUUACAAAAUUUAAAUUCUCUGGCGAUAAUCUGAAUAAAUAAAUUCCCAUUUUCAAUAAAAAAAAACCCAUUUUCAGCAAAAUGUUUUAAUUGCGAGCAUUGCAUGGAAAUCUAAAUUAAAGUAAUUUAAGCGAAAUUUAAGUGUUAAUUUUGAAUCUCAAUCCCAAUGAAUCUGAUAAUAUUGGCUGUGAUUGCCCUCCGUACCCUCCUUGUAUCCUCAGUGUCUUCAUUGGACAUAGAUUUAGAUAAAAGUGUGAUUUGGGGUCCAGGAUUGGGAGAAGCUACGCUACCUGUGCGCUACUUCUUCGUACAGCUUGUCAACAAUGCCGGCGAGAACGUUACAGAAUCUCAAGAUAUAAAACUAGACAUCCAGCUCGUUGGACAGCCCAAAAAUCAAAGAAAUGCUGAGAAUUGCCGCUACUCAUUGGAACAAUUUGAUGCCGGUGAUGGGAGUAUUGUUGUACGUUACCGCAUCCCUCAGGAGUGUAGAGGAGUCUCCAUACACGUUAUGUACAAAGGACAACACCUUGGAGACUCACCUUACUCAAUUCCUUCGCCAAUCUUUCCGGAAAUUUGUUCCUGCCCAUUGGAAAUUGAUGAAUUUCGCAAUGUCUACAAAUGCCCCGAAAGGCAUCCACAGAUUGAGGAGGAUAUGAGCACAUUCUCAGGCAUCAAUUACACCCACGUUCAAGAGAAGAUGCUGGAAAAGUUCUCCACUGACAAUCCAGGAAGUUUAGCUAUUUGUCAGUACGUUGUUUUGUCUGGAGAACUCUUUCGACGUUGCUUUGGGAAGCAUGUUGGGUUCACCAUGUUCAUGGAUGCUACGCUCCUGUCCAUCCUACGAAAGGUUAAACUUCCGGAUUUUGAAAUCUUCGUCAACCUUGGAGAUUGGCCGGUAAGUCGAAAAGGUGGUAGGAGUCGUACACAGGGACCUUGGCCAGUAUUUUCAUGGUGCGGCAGCUCGGAUUCCUUUGAUAUUGUCAUGCCAACGUAUGACAUCACCGAAUCCACCCUGGAGGCUAUGAAUCGCGUCUCCUUGGACAUUAUUUCCGUGCAAAAGAGUGCUACAAAGUGGGCAGAUAAAAUCCCAAAAGCCUUCUUCCGCGGUAGGGAUGCCAAUCGGGAACGAUUGAAAUCUGUGGAGCUAUCACGAAGGAAUCCUGAAGUGUUAGACUCAGCAAUUACGAACUUUUUCUUCUUCCGCGAUGAGGAGGACACUUAUGGCCCAAAGAGUCCUCGGGUGUCAUUCUUUGAUUUUUUCAAAUAUAAAUUCCAAAUUAAUAUUGACGGAACUGUUGCCGGCUACCGCUUCCCCUAUCUCCUUGCGGGCAAUAGUGUUGUCCUUAAGCAGGAUUCCCCCUACUAUGAGCACUUCUACAGCCAACUGAAACCAAUGGUUCACUACAUUCCCUUUAGAAGAGACCUCUCGGAUCUCAUUGAGAAGAUUCACUGGGCAAAGAGUCAUGACACCACUGUCCGGAAGAUUGCUCAGAACGCUCGUGCCUUUGUACGUGAAAAUCUCCUUCCAACUCACAUUUUCUGCUAUCACGUCCUUCUCUUUGAGCAGUGGCACCAGCUCACACGCCUACACAAAGUAUCUGUAGCAUCAGACAUGGAGAAAGUCCCCAAACCAGAGGAAUCCUCAAGCUGUUCAUGCGAUAGAAAAGUACAACGAGAUGAACUAUAAAUGCAGAAAUUUAAUCAUUUUA